AAACUAUUUAAAACUCUAAUGAGCGCCUUGACGCUCGUUCAUACAUUUUUGUGUUGGUCACCGGAGUGAGGCCGCAUCGCACCAUAUCGACCAGCCACGGACCGACCGAUCAAGACGCACCAAAGCCGGUUUUUCGUACUCUUUUUGUGCCUCCGCCACCACACAAAGACGUUUUUAAAACAAAAAAAACUCGGCUUUCAAAUGAAUCAUAAAACCCACUGGCUGUGGAUUCUUCUGCUGUGCGCUGCUGCCUUUACGCAGGGACAAAACGGUGGAGAUGAGUCACCAACUGAGAGUGUCGAUGUCACCGUCAAGUACAACAUGAGGAAGAGUUUGGAUCUGGACCAGAAGGGCUGCUACCUAAAUGCUGGAAACAAGGACUGUCUGCAACAGUGCGGCUUCAACGCCACAGCCAAGACCAUCUUCAUCAUCCACGGCUGGACAAUGAGCGGUAUGUUUGAGAGCUGGAUGCACAAACUGGUGGCCGCCGUCAUGAAGCGUGAGAGCGAGGCCAAUGUGGUUGUAGUGGACUGGAUCUCCAUGGCCCAGCAGCUGUACCAAGAUGCCGUCAACUACACACACACCGUCGGCAAGGACAUCGCCACCAUGCUCGACUGGCUCCAGGAUGAGCUGGAUUUGCCUCUGGAGAAGGUGCACCUGAUUGGUUACAGUUUAGGGGCUCACGUCGCGGGCUAUGCUGGUACACAUGUGCGAGGAUCCGUGGGGAGAAUCACAGGUUUGGACCCAGCGGGGCCGUUGUUUGAGGGCGUGGAGCAAGAGAAGCGCCUUUCCCCGGAUGAUGCCGACUUUGUGGACGUCCUCCACACGUACAACCGCGGAACUUUAGGAGUGAGCAUCGGGAUCCAACAGCCCAUCGGGGACGUGGACAUCUACCCCAACGGAGGCGAAGUCCAACCCGGGUGCUCAUUGGGCGACGUGCUGGCCAUGGCUGGAAACUUCAUGGAUGUGAUGAAAUGCGAGCACGAGCGAGCUGUCCACCUUUUUGUUGACUCGCUGAUGAACCGAGACCAUGUGAGCUUCGCGUACCAGUGCACCGACCCGGACCGCUUCAAGAAGGGCAUCUGCCUGAGCUGCCGCAAAAACCGCUGCAACAACAUUGGCUACGAGGCCCGCAAGAUGCGCAAGAGACGCAACAGCAAAAUGUACCUGAAGACGCGUGCCGACACUCCCUUUGGAGGUUACCACUACCAGAUGAAGAUGCACGUGUUCAACAGGAAGCAGGCGGACAACGCGGACCCGAUAUUCCACGUCAAGUUGAUCGGCGCUCAUAAUGACACGGAAGACAUCUUUGUUGACGUGCAUGACAACUCCAUAGGCUUGAACUUGACCAACACCUUCUUGGUGUUCACCGAACAAGACAUCGGCGACCUGCUAAGGAUCCACCUGAGUUGGGAAGGUGACGCCGAGUCCUUGUACUCUGUGUGGAGGAAGAUCAAGAGCAGCUUCUGGGGCUGGAAUGGCAAUCCUUCCAAACCUGUGCUGGAGGUCCGACGGAUUCGCGUGAAAGCCGGAGAAACUCAGAAGAAGUUUACCUUCUGUGCCCAGGACCCGUUGAAAACCGAAAUUUCACCCGGUGAAUCGCUAACGUUUGUCAAGUGUCGCGACGGGUGGGAAGUGAAACCAAGAAAACGGCUGCCCAUGUAAGGCCCUGACGCUUCUUACAAAUUGAUGCACCAUGACCACGGGGACCCAACAUCGCUAAAGCGAGCCUUCACUUUAUCUGAGCACUUUUUCAAACGGAGGAGGAAGGAUCAGCGCACAGUGGGAGAGGUUUGAGGUGUCGGACAUUUUAAAGUGCACCUGAAAUUGUUGGUUCCUGGAAACUUGGAGCUCUUGCUCUUGCCUAGAGAGGCCAGGCAGGGAACUGAGGUCAAUGCGGUCUUUGGAAGAUCACUCGAGAGUUACGGAAUGUUCUUUUAAAUUAGGUAGAACGUCUGUCAAUGGAAAUACACCAGCUAUUGUAGUCUCUGUACUGUACAUUUUAAAUGUCUUUUUUUUUUUUUUUUUUUUUUUUUUUUUUUUUUU